GUUGUCCUGCCCACCCGCCGCCGCCCGCGCCCCAGCCCGCGCGCGCGCGACACUCCCGGGACGCUCCCUGCGCGGCUAGGGGCGCACCAUGGCGCGUCGGGCCGCCCUAACGCUGAUCCUCUUCGCCCUGCUUGGAAGCCUGGUGUCCACCCAGGAUGAUUUCGAUUUAUCACACGCCCUUGAUGAUGACAAGAAACCCACUCUUCCACCAAAACCGGCACCCGGGAAUGAUGGCUUCGAUUUAAACGAUGCCAUCGGUGGUGGAGGAAACGAAGACCGAGUGUCACCCAACCCACCGAAGCCAAAACCUCAGCCAAACCCCAAGCAGCCUGGCACUUCUGAGAAUGAUAACUGGGAUUUAAACGAUGCCGUUGAUGGUGGAGGAAAUGAUGGCGGAGCGACACCCGACUCACCAAACUCAAAACCUCAGCCAGACCCCAAGCAGCCUGACUCUAACGAAGAAUCGCCAGGCGUGAUCCCAGGGAUCGUGGGUGCUAUCGUGGUGGCCUUGGGAGGAGCCAUCUCCAGCUUCAUCGCCUACCAGAAGAAAAAGCUGUGCUUCAAAGAGAACGCCGAAGAAGGACAGGUGAACAUGGAGAACCAUCGUAGCACCGCCGAGCCAGCAGUUCAACAGACUCUUCUGGAGAAAUAAAGACGUUUGGCAGCCAAGUAACUCGCAGCAGGAUCGCAAGCUUGCCUGCCGAGCCGCUCCAGAGAUGGGCUGCAGGAGCAGACACGACCCACUGGGACCUCACCCCGGCUUCUCCGUGCCUUCGCUCAAGGUGGCUUCCUCGUUUUAACGCUGGGAUGCUUUAUCCCCCACUCCCCUCUCCACCACGUCCCCCUCCGCCGUGCUAGGCGGGUGAAACUUGACUUGUGGUGAGUUUUCCAUCCACGGGGGCGGGAAAUCACACUCGCCUUCUCCACGACCCUGAGGGGGUUUUCCCGUGAGUGCAGGGAAUGUCCGACCGACUGAUCGCCAAGUCCCAUCCAAGUUGCCAAGUUCCCAACCAUCAUCGUUCGUACGCCACCGAGGUUCCCCGAGCAGAAACUCUGGACCGUUUACAAACUGGCUGUAAAUAGAAUGCGUCUGAAACCUCUCCUGACCAUUGACUCUUUAAUGGAGUGGGCGUUAAGCCUCAAGCGAGUUUCCUCAAAAGUUCUUUCAUUUCUAGUGAAUUUUUUUCUUCCCACACCAGACUAAUAAAAAGAAAUUUUAGAAAUCAA